AUUUGAUUGUGGAUUUUACAUGUUUGCUUUGACUGUGAUGCUCUGGCUAGGUGACUGUGUUGGAUUGGGAGGUUGGUGUCAUGCGAACUGCUAUAUGUCUACGUACAUGUCAGUGUUGUGGGUAUCCUUGAUGGAACAGAAAACCCAGGUUUAUGUCCUUGCUCUACAUGCCGGAGUGACAUGAUCCAGGUUAGAUCUUCGAGGGCGAUAAUACGC